GACCCCCCGGCCCCGGCUCCCGAGAGUGGAAAGACACGGCGAGCGUCCACCGCGUGCUAUGAGUGUCAACGGCUGCGAACAAGGUGCACCAUCGGAGAUACAGGAAUACCCUGCACCCAGUGCCGUGUUCACGGUCGUGCAUGCCAGAUCGAUGAGUCCAAGGACAAGCGCCGCAAGGCCGAACAGAAGCGCACCGAGGAACUCCUGAGAGUCUACCGGAGCCUGAUAGGUGGCAUAUUAGAGACCAUGCGCAUGGGCAACGGGGAGAUCGCCCAGGAAGUCCUGUCUAGGAUGAGGCAUCCCACCGGGCUCCUCGAGCUUCAAGACCUCCUUAGUGAGUAUGUGACGCUCUCUGUACCUGAGGAGGAGGAUGAGGUG